UAAAUCUAGUGUGUAUUUUUCCAUAAAGGGGAUGUGAGUUUCUUCAAACAAGUUAAUUUGGAAAUUUGUGAUUGUGUUCUGAUAAUAAUUUAAAUUCUGUUUUAUUCGCCAAUAAUCACAAUGAUAUCGACUGCAGGCGUACUUGUGUUAUUCUUUGAUGUUGCCGCGUGUAUAGAAGGGUCCUUCUACGAAAAACCAAUGAAUGCCACAUUUUCUACAGGUGGGACGGCGAGUUUGAAAUGUGACGCCGACUAUGCACAUCGAGUCGUGUGGUACCAUAAUAGUAGUGCUACUAAAAUCAGUGACAAUUGGGGCAUUUUGCUGUCAGACGGUGGAGGCAAGGGAGACAGAUACAGUGUCUGCUGCGAUUCGACUGUCGAUCGCACAUAUACAUUGGAGAUAACAGACUUUCAGCUAAUUGAUGCUGGUCUGUACUCAUGCAUGAUACUUCAAGAACAUAACGACAUAUUUAAGUCUGCUUCGGCCGUUCUGUCUAUUGACCCUCCUGGCGAAAUGACACCACCUGAUUAUACAUCCCCGUCAUGUGAUAUAAUUCGCAUAUACAGAAAUACAAAUGAACUACUUGACGUUGGUGAUGAUAUUGUAUUUAGAUGUCAGAGUCAAGGGGGUAAUCCCCUUCCCCAACUAACGGUUAUUGAUGGCGAAGAAGUUAUUGAUAUCGAGACGGUACUCGACGGUGAGACUCAAAUUGUGAAUUAUAGCGUGUCACUAAAUACGUCACACAUCAACUCAAACUUUACGUGUAAGUUGGUGAGUGCAGCUUUAGGUACACCAAGAUACUGUUCUUUGAAACCACUGAUACUUGGAGUUGUUAUCAUGCCGCCGCAAAUCACUGCGGUAGAGGGCGCUGAUAUAGUUUUUGAUUGUUAUUCCAAAGGUGCUAAAAGCCCAGAGUUUACUUGGCAAUGGCGUUUGAACAAUUCUGUAAGUAGUCUUAACCGUAGUGAAGAAAUAAUUUCCCAUUCGCAUUCUAGAAUUACAAUUAAAAAUGUAUCACCGGCACUUAAUGGGUGCCAGCUUUUCUGUACUGUCGAUGACCUAGGAUCCCAAGCCGCUGACAGUGUUAUUUUAAAUAUUCAGUUAAAGACGUCGCCAACCGCGCAUACCUCGACACGAAUUACAACACGAUCAAGUAGUAGCCCUAUAUCGAUUGUUAUUGGUACAGUUUUAGGACUACUCGUCGUGAUAGGUCUAAUUAUAGGAAUAGUUUUGUUUAAACAUAAGCGGAAAUCAUGUGAGAAGAUCGCCAAUAACAAUAAGCCUAACCCGUGUGAAACGGAAAUUCCAGAAAUGACCCAGUGCGUUUCAAUUUCCAAUGAUAAACAAGAAAUUUUAUCUACAGGGGACCCCGGAGAAGCUGAUUAUGGAAAGGAUUUGAAUGGAGUUAGUACACAUGAACCAGACACGCACGUUUAUAGUAAUUACACAUCUGAAUCGUUACCGGACGAAACAUGCUAUCAGAAUGUACAAGCGUCAUCAAAUAUAACUCACGAGGAAAACAAUAUAGAAAAUGAAAACAACGUCGAAAGUUUGAAUUACGCCGAAUUGGAUCUGGAGGCGUCAGCAUCAGGUAUCCAUGACAAGGAACCUCGCACUGUUUAUUCACAUGUAAUCCUGAAUUGAACAUUGUGUCGUUCAAUUGAGAACAUUAUAAAUCAAUCAAUAUUCUUUUAUUAGGGAAGUUUCGUCACUUUACGAAAAUACUAACCAAUACUGUUUGAUCCGCUUAUUUUUAGCCAAUCCCCAUCUAACCUGUAUCUGUAUAACAUACAGGGCGAGGGUGUUAACGACAAUUUUAUAUAGGCCUACUUUAUCUAAUUCUCAUCUACAUCUGUUUAGUACAGGGAUUACGUCAUCAAAUUUAUCAUUCUUAGCCAAUUGCCAGGUAUCUUCAUCCUCAGUACAAGACUUUUUAAGGCAACGCAGGUCUAUGACCCACAUCAUACAAUACAAAAAUAAAUUUACAGUGUAAUUACAAA